AUGCAUAGACUUUAUUCGGUUUGGGUUAAAGACAAAACUCUUUGUGUCAAGGCUCAAAAUGCUACAGUCAGGCAAUACACAGACAUAUUUAAUACUUAUAACUUAAGUUUUCUUAGACCAAAAAAAGACUUAUGUGACAAAUGUGAAGAAUUUAAACUUGAUAGUGAGGAAGAAAAAUUGAAACUUCAACCAAGCCACGAUGAACAUUUGACAAACAAAAAUAUAGCCAGAUAUAAUAAAACUGUAGAUAAAGAGCGAGCAGCUAAUGAUCCAGAAUUGUGUGUUGCGGUAUUUGAUUUAGAAAAAGUAUUAACCACACCACAAGGUGAGGCCAGUAACUUUUAUUACAAAAGGAAGUUUGCCGUUUACAAUUUUACGGUAUAUGAUAUUGUUAACAAAGUUGGUUACUGUUAUAUGUGGGACGAAUGCGAAUCAAAAAGAGGUUCCAAUGAAAUUGGAACUUGCAUGUUAAAAUUGAUGAAGGAGAAGGGUUUCAAAGAGUUUUGUUUUUACUCAGACAACUGUGGUGGCCAGAAUCGCAAUCGUUAUAUUUAUGCGAUGUGGGAGUACGCGGCCUUUACAUUUAAAAUAAAAAUUAGUCAUACAUUUUUAGAAAGAGGUCAUACCCAGAAUGAAGGUGACAGUAUGCACUCAUGUAUUGAACGUUCAAAAAAAGGGAAAUCGAUUUAUGUUCCUGCCCAAUGGAUUACUCUAGUAAGGUGUGCUAAAGUUACAGGCAAACCUUAUAUAGUAUUUGAGAUGGACAAUACUGAGUUUUUGGAUUUUAAGCCUCUUGUCGAAGAAAAUGGAUUUAAUUUUAAAACAACCUGUGAUGGUGACCUAAUAAGGUGGAACAACAUAAAAGAAAUCAAAGUGUCAUUUGAGACUCCAUUUGAACUAAACAUUAAAUAUGAUUUCAAUUCUCCAGACUUUAUAAAGAUAAAUUUCAUAAAACAAAAACAAAGGGGGGGGAUUUCAAAAGCAUAG